GCGCAGGCACCGGGAGCGGGGCUCGCACAUAACACUGGAGAGGCUCAAAGGGAUGGGACCGGAACAAGGAGAGACCCGCAGCUAGCAGCCCAGCUCCGCCGGGAAAGUUCGUAAGGAUGAGUGCGUGCGCUGACAUCUGUGGGUCCAAGCAGUCCCAAAAUACUCCUGAAGGAGGUUACCAUCGCUAUGGAGUUCGGUCCUAUCUGCACCAAUUUUAUGAGGACUGCACAGCUUCAAUAUGGGAAUAUGAUGAUGAUUUUCAGAUCCAGAGAUCGCCAAGUAGGUGGAGCUCUAUUAUCUGGAAGGUCGGACUCAUAUCGGGCAUUGUCCUCAUGCUAACAGGUAUAACGGUACUAUCAGUUGGGUUCCUGGUGCCAGCAAAAGUCGAAGCCUUUGGAGAAGUUGGUUUUUUUGUGGUGGAUAGCCAUGCAGUCCAAUUCAAUGGAGCACUUGAUAUUUGUAAAUUGGCAGGCGCGGUCAUGUUUUGCAUUGGGGGAACUACAUUAGCAGCAUGUCUUUUAAUGUCUGCUUUUGCUAAAAGUUACUCCAAAGAAGAGAAGUACCUUCAACAAAAAUUCAAAGAGAGAAUAGCAGACCUUAAGGCUCACGUGCACCCUGUGACCAAGGCCCCGGCUCCUGGAGAAUCAAAGAUACCUGUCACUCUAUCCAAGGUUCAGAAUGUCCAACCUUCAUCUGAAACCUGACAUUUACACAUCACUGUACGCAUAAUCAAAUUGAAAAGGUCAGCUUUUGUGAGUGUUACAGUAAAGUCUUUUGCAGUACAGUUCCACUAUACGUGGCUGAAAAAAAAAUGAAUAGACCAAAUAAUGGCAAAAUGUGAAAAGAUCCUGAAUUUCUGUGUGUUAUUGUUGGGAAACUUACCUGUCCUAAAUGGUAAAUCUUCUAAAUUGAACACCGCUGUUAACAUUCAGUGUGUCCCAUCAAUAGUUUCCAGUGGUGACGGCAAAAUAAUGUCUGUGUUGUGCUGUUCUUUUCACACUCGCUUAUUAUGUUCUUAUAAAACCUUAAACGCAGUAUGAAUAUAAUAAUAUGAUAAAAUUGGUUUAAAGUGUGCAAGAGGCAGGACACAUCUGAAGGAUGAGAUCAUGAUGUCAGAGGGUCAAAAGGGCCCUUCAGCAUUCACUGACAAAUGUUAAAAGAGUUUUCCAACUUUUCUAUAACUAACGUUUAAUUGAUUAACUAGGGCUGGGGCCACUAAAUGAUAAAGUUGCUUAACCUCUCAGUCUACAUCGAGUUAACAUUAAGAUUUACUUAUACUAAACGGAAAAUCUUUUAAUGUCACCUACCCCUUCAUCGUUCUCGGUAUAAUUUAUUACUAGUGCAGAAUAGUAUCUCCCCAAUGAAUGAAUUAGACAUAUAGUAUUUUUAGUAUGGAGAUUCCUCGCUCUUUUUUUCCUCACACAGUUAAAGGGGGUUUCCUGCAAUGACAUUUAUCACCUGUGGAAUCCCCACUGAUCACUAAAAUGGGGGGUGACACUCAGUUUCGGUGCAAAGGAGUUUGAAUGGAGUGGCUGUGAAUCCUGCCACUCCAUUUGAACCAGCCGAGCUGGUGUCCACUUCUCGCGACCUGGUGUCAAACCGGAUGUUGACACUGAAAGAGUCGGGUCCCCCGGUGCAGCAAUGGAGCUAGAAACCAGGAUCAGGUAAGUAUGAUUACCAACGUAGAUCCGGCCACGCUGUGGGGUCUUUAAAACUGGUCCCUGGGGUGAACAAGCCCUCUAAGAACUUGACUGUGAGGUAGGAACAGAGGAGUAGCACUGACUAGAGAUGAGAAAAUAAUUGUGCUUCUCCAGUUUAGAGUUUUUAGAGAGUCCACAAACUAUGAUGAGAAUCCAUUUAUCUGUUAGUAAAAUGUAAAAAAAUUCAAAACUAACAAAUAGGUUCAAUUGGCAGUAAAAAUGUGCUUAUCUCUACUGCUCACUACUAAUGGUAUAUGUAGAGUCCGGUGAAGCAGGCGGUAGCAGGAGCGUAUUUCUUUUCUGGUUCGUCUAUAAUGUGACUACUCAUACUUAGAAAAGAGAAAUGGUCGGCUUUUAUUAGCCUAUCUAAUAACCGUGUCUGGUAUUGCAGCUCAGCUGUCAUUCAAAUGAAUGGGGGGGGGGGGUCUGCAAUACCAGACACAGCUCAUGGACAAGAGUGGUGCUGUUUGUGGAGAAAAGCAGACCCUUUCUCUGAUCUCAUAAGAUGCUUGUUUAUCAAUUUAAUGAUCAUACAGCAAGAGAUGAGCAUUGUUGUGUAAGAUGAUAUCGAAGCAAUCUCAUUAUAAUACAAUGUGAGAUCGUUUAGUCUGAUGCAUCCACACAAGGAAAGUAUGUAACCAUAGAAGAAUUAACAUUGAUGACCUAUCCAAAAUACCCCAGACCCGGCGAUCUGUUUUAAGAGGCUAGUAGUUCCGUGAGCGCCGCGGCCUCUUUCUAGGCUAGUGACAUCACCGUACAUUGGUCACAUGGCCUAGUUGCAACUCAGUCCCAUUCAAGUCUAAGAGAAUGAGCUGCAAUACCAAGCACAACCGCUAUACGAUGUACCACGGUGUACUUGGUAAGCGCCCAGGAGGCCGCAGCACUCACCGCAGCUCCACUAAGCAGCCCUGCUUUCUGAAACAGUUGGACUCGGACCUCCGCCAGUGUGAUAUUGAUGAUCUAUCCCAUGGACAGAUCAUCAAUAUUAUUUCCCGGAAAACCCCUUUAAAUACAUGAGGCUGUUUGUGACUAAAAAUAUGAUUUAAUUUUAUUUUUUUCAGAAUCUGUGCCGCUCCUGUCCGCAUGGUGUGUCUGGUUUUGCAGCCCAGUUGUAUUUACUUUAAUGGGGCUGAGGUACAUUUCCAGGCACAGCCCAUGGAAAAGUGUGGUGCUGGUUUUUUGGGGGGGAAAAACACAUCUUCUCAGAUGACAGCUUUUAAUAUAUGUAGAUUCUUAUACAGCUUCUUGUGCAUAUGCUAAACCCAUGAAACCCACAGAACUGUGGUCAGAAUACAGCAUAUCUAUCUCCUAUCAUCAUGAUCAGUUAAGAGACUACUAGGAGUGCCACCUCGACGAAGAUAUUAUGCCAGGUAGUCCUCAUUAUUUUUUAUUACUCUAUUAUUGCCUAGUUAUGGCCUAAUGUAAAUUAGAAAUCACUUAUAUAAAUAAACUAAGCAUUCUCAGGGACAUUUCUGAACAGAAUGUAUUAUUGAGAUUUACCAAAUUCUGAACGCAUGAACAGAACUAUUUGUUUUAAGUUUUGAGAUAAAAUUAUGCAAUAACCUCAAAUUUAGGCCUACAUCUCAUGUGAGUAAGGGUGCAUUCACACAACCGUAAGUGUUUUGCUGUCCCCAAAACACAGAUCCACAAAACACAGCUCCGUGCACACCGCAUCGCGGUCCAGACCAAUGGGUCCGUGGACGGCAUGUUGCAGCAAGGUAUAGGACAUGUCCUAUAUUUUGCGGAGCAGCCACAAUGAUGUGAAAGCACAAGGGACAUUACCAUCAAAUGUUUGUUAUCAUAUAUUAACAGCCUAUAUAUGAAUAUUCUAUAACUUUAAAAAAUAAAAUAAAAGGGUGAAUGGUAUACUGGAAAUAUUUUUUUUAAGACAGUCCAUGUAUUUUACUUCCUGCCCUAGCUUUAAAUGUAAUGUGUCAUCAGAAAAUGACCUGUUGUUUAAAUCAUAUUUUUAAAAUUCUUUUAUUUUUUCCAUGUCAUUAUUUAUAUUUAAUAAAAAUGUAUAUAAUGCUGCAAUUUUCACAUUGUCCGUAAACGUCUGAUAAUAGGUCAUGAGUUCCUGUUCAGUACAGGUAAUGUUUCAAUAGCUAUUAUCAUUAUAGCCACAGACACAACUGCAAUGACAAGUAACACCUCUAUAUAGGUAACACAGAAUCCAUAAUUCACAACAACCUUUGAACAGGUCACAAUGCAUGUCUAAAAAACUCUCCCAUAGUAGUCAGUGGGGCCAGCUUCUGUCCAUUGUGUCUAUGGCCCAUAUAGCUGCUCUCAAAAGACAGGAAGUCUUAACAUUUUAUAGGCCUAGUGGUCAGUGUGAAAAUUGCAGGAUUAUAUACAUUUUU